UCCCCAAUCUGCAAAAAAAUACAUACUAUUUUUUUUGUUUCGUUUCGCGUAAAAUAAACAAGUUGAAAAAUAAGAUAUAGUAUAAAGAUUAAUAUCAAUAAAUUGUUUAAUAUGAUAAGAGUAAUAAGUAGUAACAGAUAAAAUUGUGCUCGUGUGAAGAGUUCGCGACGAAAAUAUGAGCAAAGGCUACAAAUUGACCAAGCUGAUGGGAAUGACGAUUAAUUAUUGGACAAAUGCUAUUGCCAAGAAAAAGAAGAAAGUGAUUCAUUGAUUUCGUGUCGAAAAUCAAAAAGAAAAGUUAUAAAUUAGAGAGAAAAACAGUAUUGAAUCGUACGAGCAUUUUGUCCUGGGAUAAAUAAAAUGCCGUGCGAAGGAUGUCAGGUGCAAUUUACGGUAUUUAAACGUAAACGCAGUUGCUACGAUUGCAAACGUUACUACUGCCAAAACUGUUUGGCCAACAGCAAUAACAACAAUCGUAAGCAUGCCUUAUGCGAAAGGUGUCUGCUAUUCAGCAAGAGACCUUUGGUUCGGUCGGAUUUAAUAAAACUAAAACCAAAAGAUCUUAUAUUUUACUUACAAUCAAAACAUAUUUCCACUGCUGGUUGUGUGGAAAAGGAAGAAUUAAUCGAUUUGGUACUGCAAUAUGUAAAUAGAACGGAUAUGAACAAUCAGUCUUUUUCGGUGGGCAGUGGCAGCAGCAGUGGCAGUAGUAGUCAUCAUACAACACCCCAACAUCAAGGUAAUGGUGGUGGCGUUGGUGUUGCUGCCGGUGCUGGUGCUGGCGAAGGUGCCAGACGAUCAACUGAUUAUGGUCAAAGUGCAAAUAACUCCUUUGAUAGUAUAAAACAAACGUGCCAAAACUUUUUUAGUAACUUAAGUGAUAAUAUUAGUGAUUCCUUGGCCAAUUUGGAAAGUAGAGCGUGUUCGAAAAAUAGACCACCAACAACUAUGACGGCAGAAACAACAACAAAUGUUACCGAGCAGCCCAGAGUAACUACACGGGUAAUACCCACGUAUGCGAGUAGUCAACAAAAUUCGCCAGAAAAUCCCAUAACCAGUCCAAUAGGAGUACGGCGCCCAGUUGCUGAUCCAUCAUAUAGUGGAGAAAGUCUAGUGGUAAAUAUACCACCAUCUUCUUCGCAAGAAACUCCCGAAAAUAACGGUCGUGAUAACAUGCAAGAAGAAUGCAAUUGUUCGGACGAUGAUGAAAUGAUUGCAUCAUUUAAUGGUCGUACUCGUUCUCCAAAAUCCGAGCAAGAAUCCCAAAAUGGUUCACCGAACAGAGAUGAACACGAUUCGGGAAAUGGCAAUACCACAAACUGUGCUCCCUCAACUUCUACAAGUACCUCAAAAGCCCAUUCGCAGUAUUCAAAAUUAGAAAUUUAUGUAAAUGAUGAAGAAUCAUCACAUUCAUCCUUUGAAGAAUUGGGUGCUAUAGGGGGCAUCUCGGAUGACAGUAAAACUACCACUGAUACCACUAGCAAUACCACAGAUCAUUGGCAAAUGUUGGAUUUGAAAAUCAAUGAAAUUGAUGCAGCGCAACAACAACAGCCGCAGCAUCAAGAAAAUAUUGAAAAAUCAACUGCGCCACACAAUGAACACAGCAACAAUGCUGAAAGUCGUAUAGAGACUAAACAACAACAAACCAAUCAUCCACCACCCACACCCACGCAUGUACAUCCAGCCCCUAGAGUUAAAAAGGUAACUAGACGUCGUUCAGAGAGUUAUCUCAAUCGUAGAAGACCUCAGACUAGCGUAGACGAUGAAGACGACGAUCCUAAUCAUGUGCUGCAAAAUCCGCGUAUAGAAGAAGAAAUUCAAAUAAAUUCUUCUACCUCCGCCGCCGCCUCUAGAAAACCAACUACAAAACGUUGCUGCACCCGUUGUGGCAAAAAUAAGGCCAACAUACGCCAACAGGUUGACAAAAUGCGCCAACAUUUGGAAAGUUCGCAAAUGUCCGAAACGGACAUUAAACAAGAACUAUCGGAAUUUUUAGCCUACCUAGAGCAACGUACAAAAUCUAUUGAAUAUUCAGAUUCAGAAGCUGGAGUAUCUACAGCCAGCGUUAGCAGGCACACUAAUGAAAUCGAAGAGGAGGAAGAGAUUUCCGUAGAUCGACAGAUGGAUGAUCAAGUAGAUAGGGGGCGAAACGCUGACCAGUCAGAAGGCACAAGUGCACAUUUUUAUGAUAAAGAUUCACGUUUCAUAAAUUUAGAUGAAAUCGAAUCAAUCAAACAAUUGGAGUGUUUAACUGUCAAACAACUCAAGGAGAUAUUAAUGUUGCAUAGAGUCGAUUACAAGGGUUGCUGUGAAAAGCAAGAACUUUUAGAUCGCGUUGAAAGAUUGUGGAAAAAUCUGAAAUCGACACCGGCUGUUGAAAAACUACCAACAGAUGAAUUAUGUAAAAUUUGCAUGGAUGCUCCUAUAGAAUGUGUGAUUUUAGAAUGUGGUCAUAUGGCGACUUGUACCAAUUGCGGUAAAGUUUUAAGUGAAUGUCCUAUUUGUCGACAAUAUAUUGUAAGAGUUGUACGCUUUUUUCGUGCUUAACUGAGCAACUAUAGCGAUAUUACUGUUAGGGAAGUAUUUUUAUGUGUAUCCUUUGAAAGGAUAAUUUACCAAAUUUCUUAUAUUCUUGUGUUUCAUAUAAAUAAUUAACAAAAAUUGUAUAAUUAACCAUAUUUAUAUUUGAAGUAAAAUGGUUACAACUAAGACCACUUAAAACAAUGCAAACAAUUAAUAUUUAUGUAAAUUUGAAUUACAAAUGUUUGAAUUUUUUUUUUUUUUAAUUCUAAGAAAGUUUUAAUAAUUAGCAACUAUGUAUGGUUAAAAUAUUACGUCUAGAUUAGCAAAUAUUACUAGAAAUUAACAGUGAUAAUUAUUUGAGAUUUCCAUUCCAAUAUUAAAAAUAUUUAAAAACAAAUAAUUUCGAAAAUGUAAACAAAAAAUCGUUCGUACCUUAAAUAUUUAAUAAAAAGGUUUGAAUAAUA